UUCGUUGGCUGUCAAAGUCGACAAACAAACAGUGUCUUCUGACCUGUUUGUGCAAGUUCGAAAUGAAUAAAAUGCGAGCCAUAAAAUUGCUGAAAAUAUAUUAAACUAACAAUAACAGUGAUUUUAGUUGCAUACUUAAUAAUAAUACUUCGUAGAAUGUAAAAUAAUUAUAAUACGAUACAACGAUGACACUGUAUUUUGACACGCGUGUGCAAAAUCCUGAAACUGCUUCGAUAAGCACUCUCGCGACAUGGCACAGGAAUUUUCCGCUUCUCGCUGUUGCUGCUUAUUCUCAGGACAAAGGUGGUUUUGUUACAAUUUACGAUGAUCAGGGUGAACCUCUACAAGACGUUGAAUCGCCGAGACACUCGGUUGCACAGGUUACAGCGCUUGGCUGGCAUCCUGAAAGAAGGUGGCUCGUGGCUGGAUGGGAAACUGGAGAAAUAAGGAUAUGGCCAGGAGAUUCGGGAACCACCGAGUUCAACGUCACAGUGACGCCUCACAGAGAUCCGAUAACCAUUUUGCAAUGGAGUCAACACGGUGGUCGUUUGGUUUCGGCAGAUUCUGCUGGAUCCAUCGUCGGCUGGAAAAUUGAUCCCAAAGGCCAACUUCUCGUUACGUUUCAUCAUGAGCUCAAAGAAUCUUUCGCUCAUAUCACGUUCCGACUCGCCCCGCCUAAGCCAACUGUCGAUUUGAGUGAUUUGGCAAAGGCUGCGGUCGCAGGAGACGAGCGAGCCCUCGAUUUGUUCAGUUCAUGGCGCCCAAGAACGGCGGCAGCCCCAAUGGCUGCACCCUUAAAAAAAGACGAUCAUUCUUUUUACAUCGGCUCGACAAACGGAAUGAUUUAUUACAUCGAUGCACAAGGCCAAUGCAAAGAAGUCCUCAACACCGAUGGAAUGUCACUUCAUUCUUUGCUCCAUCAUACAUCACGGGACUCAUUGGUUGUUUUGACAGAAGGAUUGAACAUCGGAUAUUAUCAAGCUGAUCCUGCCACGGGACGACUCACGGAAUUAACCAGAGUCAAGUUGAGCGGUAAGAGCGAUGUUUCUCGGAGUAGCCCGGCCUUGUGUUGGGUCGGAGGAAAUACGUUGGCCGUGCUUACGGGCGAACUGAGCGUCAGGUGUUGGGAUCUACAAACUGGUGACACGUACGUGUUGAGCCCCCCGGAAACGACCAACGGCAACAUAGCAACGCCCCAAGAAAUUUGCACGAGUCUCGCUUUUUGCAAAAAUAAUGAAACUUUGGCAGCUGGUACAAACCUGGGUACGAUAUAUCUGUGGAAGCGGAAAGCAGUAUCGGAAAUGGAUGAAAACGGGUGGCCAACGAUUCCAAAAUUUUGUAGCGUCCACGGUACUGUUAAGCAAUUGACAUGGGGUGGUUCGUUGCUGAGAAAUCCUUUGCUCGCGGUGAAUUGCAUAACGAACGUAUUCAUUUUGCAUCAGCAGCCGAUGUGUGCAGUUUUCAACGACGAUACUUGCGUGACGCAAAUGACACCAACGCAUUUGUUGAUCGAAAUAGAGGAGCAAAGUUGCACGUUGAAAACGGAUUUACAAGUGCAAAUACUCGCGGCUAGUCGCGAGUACGUCGUCGUAUCGUCGGGGCGUCAAGUAACCAGUUAUAAAAUAAAUCGCGACACAAACAUCGAGACAACGUCGGUUGGAUCGUUCACUUGCGACAACGAGAAAAUCCUCAUUUAUGAAAACACUCUCGUUAUUCUCACACCAAUAAUCAUACAAUUAAGAUCAACGGACGGUACGAUCCUACAGAGUUUACCGACUUUGCCGGAAGAAGGCGAACCCAUUACCAUGGAAUUAACCGGACAUUAUUUGACCGUUGGCUCCCUUAACGGGAUCCUCAAAAUUUGGGACAUUAGCAAACGCGAAGCUAAAUUACACACUCGCGCUAUGACCGCCUACGAAGCUAUCAAUGAUUUUGCCGAAAUUAUCGAAGCUCGAUGCAACUCGGAUUGUCGCUGCGUUUCCAUCACCGUUGCCAUGUCCAAUCUCAUGCCCAGCUCCAUUCUUUACGUUUGGGAUAUCGAAGGCGAUCAAAUUCACGAAUAUGAUUUCGCUCAAAUGAAUGACGACGACGGAAGAAAUUUAAAGUCUCGUGGCAGACUUGUGACGGCCCAUUGCUGGGACACGAGUGAUCCGAGAGUUCUCGUUUGUCGUGCUCAAAAAAUCGAAGGGAGGAGUAGCAAAAACAAAAAUCUGGCGAUCGACGAGCAGGAGCCGAGUGCCGCAGUCGUUCUUGUGUCGAUGUUUGCGACGCCGGACAACGGAAUAGCGAUUCAGGACGUGCGACCGAUAGCCGAUACGAAUUGUCGUCUCCUCGGUGUUAAAUCGCCCCGAGUAAUAAUUUUGAAUCCGGAAAUACCGAGUCCGAGUGGAAGUAAAAUAACUCGAAUGUUGAUGCGCGAGUUCGAAGAGCUCGGAACCUGCGAUACGCCGACGAAAAAAGCGAUUCUUGAUUUCAGUUUUCAUAUCAGUAUGGCCAACAUGGACGAAGCUUUCAAAUCCAUAAAAACCAUAAAAAAUGAGGCCGUUUGGAAAAGCCUUGCCAGAAUGUGCGUUAAAACGAAACAGCUUGAUAUGGCGAUUUUGUGCCUCGGACAUAUGAAAGACGCGAGGGGCGCCCGCGCCCUUAGGGAAGCCAUGCACGACGAUUCUCUCUCGCUCGAGGCUAAAGUUGGAAUCCUGGCUGUCGAGUUAGGUCUCCAUAAUGAUGCUGAGCGCCUGUUUCGCGAAGCUGGUCGUCUCGAUCUCGUUGGAUCACUCAUGGAAGCUCGCGAUAAAUUUCCGGACGCUAUAAAACUCAUGUCCAGCGAGAAUAAAAUACGGGAAAAAGUGACGUAUUAUAAUUAUGCGAGAGCCUUGGAGAGCUCGGGAAAAAUCGAUAAAGCUAUUGAAAUGUAUACGAAAGCGGAUUGCCACAAAUUUGAAGUUCCGAGAAUGUUACUCUCGCGUCCCCGAGAUCUUCAAGCUUAUCUCACCAGCUCCGAUGAUCCAGCUAUAAAAAAUUGGCACGCUCAAUACACCGAAUCAACUGGCGACAUGGAGGGUGCUUUGCGUUUAUAUGAAAUCGCGAAUGAUACGUUAGCAAUAACGAGAUUACUUUGUUAUCUUGGUCGGGACGAAGAGGUUUGCGAUCUCGUUAUGAGAACGAAUCACGCAGCAUCGGCUUAUCACUUGGCCGCGCAUUAUGAAUCAAUGAACGUUGUCUCGCAAGCUGUACAUUUUUAUACUAUGGCGAAAGCGUAUACGAACGCUAUCAGGCUUUGCAAGGAAAACGAUAUGGUCGAAGAGCUGUGGCCCCUUUCGAUGCUGGCACCGAGGCAGACUCAGAUCGACGUAGCCAAGUAUUACGAGGAAAACGAUCAGCCCGACAAAGCUGUUUUGUUAUAUCACAAAGCUGGUUUGCUAUCAAAAGCUCUUGAUCUUGCGUUCAAAACGCAGCAAUACACAGCUCUACAAUUAAUAACGAUGGACGUGAACGCGGAUUCGGAUCCAGCGUUGAUAAAGCGUUGCGCUGACUUUUUCGUCAGCAACGAGCAAAUCGACAAAGCAGUUGAUCUUUUGGCGACAGGAAAAAAAUAUAUGGAAGCUUUGGAACUCGUGCAAGAGUACAAUAUAAAUAUGAGCGAAGAACUCGCGGAGAAAUUGACGAUUCAGAAGGUCGACGAAGAUCCGGAAACUGAAGGAACAAGGAUCGGUACUUUGGAAACAAUUGGCGAAAUUGCUUUUGAGCAGGGAAAUUAUCACUUGGCUACGAAAAAAUUUACUCAAGCUGGCAAUAAAAUGAGAGCGAUGAAAGCUCUCCUCAAAUCCGGGGAUACCGAAAAAAUAUGCUUUUUUGCACAAGUCUCAAGACAAAGAGAAAUUUACAUAAUGGCUGGAAAUUAUCUCCAAUCGCUCGAUUGGCAGAAUCAACCGGAAGUUCUCAAAAAUAUUAUCAACUUUUAUUCCAAAGGCAAAGCUAUGGAUCUGUUGGCUAAUUUUUAUGUUGCUUGCGCACAAGUUGAAAUCGACGAAUAUCAAAAUUAUGAGAAAGCCCUCGAUGCUCUCAAUCAAGCUAAUCGAUGCCUGCUCAAAGUUACCGCACCUAGAGAUUCUGACGUACAACGGAAAGCCGUCGAGGUUGUCAACAACCGAAUCGCUACGAUUAAACGAUACUUGGACAUAAAAAAAUUUUUCGAAAGAGGCGAAACAGAGAUGGCGAUGACCCAAGUACGACAACUUCUCGAUUCGUUUGGUCCAGAUUUGGAACAAUCUGUGAGACGUGGCGAUUUAUUUGCUACGAUAACUCAGCAUUAUGCAAAUAUUGGAGAAACGGACAAAGCUCGGGCUACGAUCGAAGAGCUCAAACGCCUAGUGCCAGGAAUUAAUCUCAGCUAUUACUACAACGUGAAUUUGUUGGAAGCUCUCGGUUAUAAAAUAAACGUUCAGAGAGAAGACAGCCUCGACAAGGAUGACGUUAUCGAAGAACUUUUGGGAGAAUAAUUUCGUUCGAAUCGUUUUUCAAACGUGCGAAUAAGUGGAACUAAGAUUUCUAGAUUCUAUUAGAAAAGAAUGUUGAAGUCUGCAUUUUAUGCCAUACAAUGAAUGUUACAAAAAUUGAAAUUUUGCGUGAAUAGCGAUGCUUUUUACACGUUAUUCUGUUGAACGCACAGUAGAACAUCAAAACGAUUUUUGUGCCUCGCCAUCAAGAUGCUUCAAAUCGAGGGUUACCCCUUGACUGAAUUAUCACAUAUCAGAGGUGAAGAUUUUUUUCACCAAGUUUAAAAUAUUACGAAAAAUUCGUACCUCGAAGUAGUGAAAUUCACUGAAAUUUAUCAGUACAAAAAAGCAAAUCAAUUCCGUCCAUGAAUGUGAUUUUACGAUAAGUUUAUUGUAUUAGAAAAAGAAAACAUUUAGAUUUGAUUUUUUCUUUACAUUGUCUAUCACGGCGCAGUAUUUUAUAAAUAGUAUAAAGUUUGUCUGCACGAACGAAAGAGGGAUCGAAAUAAAAAUGAAAUCUCGUAUAAAAAAUGCCAUCAGUGAAAUCUUUAUUUCGGAGAGGAAAAUUGAGUUUUACAACUUAAAACCUGGCAAUUAUGAUGAAUUGCUCUUUCUCAGGUCUCUCUCGUUUAUUUAAAACUAAAAUACAUCAGACGUGCGUGGUUUGGACCAGCAGAGUCUUUCGCAGUCGCUCAAUGGUAAACCAAAUAAAUAAUGCAGUAAACUUAGAACAUUAAUAAUAAGAUGAAGAAAAAACGUAAUGAUAGUAAUAUCUAUACACUAAGUGUUUGCAAUCGAGAACGAUAUUUUCGAAGAACGAGUCAAGGCAUAAUUGAAUAACGAACGAGUAAAAGAAAGUAAAGGAAAAAAAUCGUCGAGGUUUGUGUCGAUUAACUUGAGACAAUGUUUUGUUUAUGUUUUUUUCGAUAUUUUUCACCCAAUCUUAAUACUUUAAUAAAAAUAUGGUAUAUUCGUGUUGUCUUAAAAUUUGCGUGAAUCGAACAUGAAAAUAUUUAACUAAUUCGAUUUCCAGUUAUCGAAAUAGCCUAUAAAUAUUUUUGCAGUUUCAGUCGUUAUAUUCGGAGAAUGUGAUUAAGUUUUGUAGCUCAAAACUGCAAAGAUAUAUCGGAGAUGAUUGGAUAAAAAUAAAACAUUUUCUCGCAAGUCAA